UUCAUAUUCCUCUGCUAGACAAAUGCUUGUUUUCAACUUGAUGUUUCAAGCAGUAGAUUUCUCACUUGUGGCCAGCAUCUGUGAGUUGUUUUCCAGGUUAAAAAGUUCUGGAUAUAUCAUUGAUGGAACCUUGUAGUGACAACUGGCUGUGAUGUCAUAGACUCUUAAACUUCUAGAAGUUAUAUUUAGUCAUACCAGAGAUUAAACAGGAAAGAUGCUUACUAAAUGAGGUGGGAUCCAACAGGAGUGUAGUACAGAAUGUAAUAAUUUAUGAACUAACUUUUUCCUGAGGUAGCUCAACAGAAGAACUUUUAAUGAGGAAGGCAAAGGCUUAAGUAUCUGGUACAUUUGUCAUUCCUGAUGGUUAAUUUACUUGAAGGUUAAUAAGUUUGAAAUCUACCAGUCUUAGAGAUGGAAGAAAAGGAUGAAUCUGAACAGUCUAUCUCGGCAGGGAGGCAAGAAAUUCGAAAGAGAAGACAACCCAGCCAGCCCAUGGUAGAUAAAUCCCAGCAGACUGAAGUGACAGAGAAAAAGAAACAAUUGUCUAUACCACAAUCAUCUGGCCCCAAAGCUGCCCUUAGUAUUGGUAAUAUUCCUGGAAGCAAAUUAAACUAUGAAUGUAGAGUAUCUUCUCAACUUCAGCAAACUUGGGUAAAGAGAAAGCGUGUACAGGAUAUGGCUGAUAAGUCUCUGCAGACAGAAACUAUUGCAGAAGAGAAAAAAGAAGAAAUCAAGUUAGUUUGUGAAGCAGUAGUACCUGAGGAAAAGCCAGCUGCUGUUGAAGUAGGUCCUGAAUUUCCAGAGAGUGUUCAGGAAGUAGAAGUUCCACCAAGCAGAUACUCUGUUCAGGUCAAAACAGACAGAUCUCAGCAGACUACUUGUACUGGAGACUGGACAAUGAUGAACUGUCCUCAAAAAGAUAAACUAGACAAGGAACAGCAGACAUACUUUAGUGAAUCAGAAAUAGUGGUUAUUGGAUGGCCGACUAAUUCUUUUUCAAAGUCAAAGGAAGGUGCACAGAAGCGCAAAUCUUCAGGGAAUAUUUUUGUUAGUGAACAUCCUGAAUUUCAACCCACAACAAGUAGCAAUGAAGAAAUUAGGCAGCAAAGUAUUAGCAGAACAUUAUCUAUUUCACCAACCAAAAAAGAUUCUCCUGUACCUUUAGAAGAUGAGAAAGAUGUUCCAGGUGAAGUACAGCCUCCUGCUGCAGAAGAGAUCUCUGCUGAAGAACAGCUUCCACUAGCUGAGACCACUGCAGAAGAGGUUCCUGUGGCAGUUCAGCCUCCACCAGCUGAAGAGGCUCCUCUUGAAGUACAGCCUUCCCCAACUGAAGAGGCUGCUGGAGAUGAGGCCCCUGCUAAAGUAGAGGCCACCUCAUCUGAAGAGACUCUUUUAAAAGAGCCUCUUACUGAAGUUCAGCUUCCUGCAGCUGAAGAGGCUCCUAUACAAGAGGCCCCAGAACUUCAACUUUCACCAGCUGUGGAGUCCCCUUCAGAAGAGGCCCCAGCUGACAUUGAGCCUCCACCAGCUGAGGAGGCCCCUGCAGAAGAGGCCCCAGCUGAAGUUGAGCCUCAACCAGCUGAAGAGGCCCCUUCAGGAGAGCCCCCAGAGGUUCAAUCUCCACCAGCUGACGAGGCCCCUGCAGAAGAGCCCCCAGAAGUUCAGUCUCCACCAUCUGAGGAGUCCCCUGCAGAAGAGGCCCCAGCUGAAGUUGAGCCUCCACCAGCUGAAGAGGCCCCUUCAGGAGAGCCCCCAGAGAUUCAAUCUCCACCAGCUGAAGAGGCCCCUUCAGGAGAGCCCCCAGAGGUUCAAUCUCCACCAGCUGACGAGGCCCCUGCAGAAGAGCCCCCAGAAGUUCAGUCUCCACCAUCUGAGGAGUCCCCUGCAGAAGAGGCCCCAGCUGAAGUUGAGCCUCCACCAGCUGAAGAGGCCCCUUCAGGAGAGCCCCCAGAGAUUCAAUCUCCACCAGCUGAAGAGGCUCCUGCAGGAGAGCCCCCAGAGAUUCAAUCUCCACCAGCUGAGGAGGCUCCUGCAGAAGAGGCCCCAGAAGUUCAGUCUCCACCAUCUGAGGAGGCCCCUGAAAAAGAGGACCCAGAAGUUCAAUCUGUACCAGCUGGGCAGGCCCCUGCAGAAGAGCCCCUGGAAGUUCAGCCUCCACCAGCUGAGGAUGCCACUGAAGAGGAGGCCUCAGAAGUUCAGUCUCCACCAGCUAAAGAGACCCCUGAAGAAGCAGCCCUAGAAGUUCAGUCUCCACCAGCUGAGGAGGCCCCUGCAGAAGAGCCCCCAGAAGUUCAGUCUCCACCAGCUGAGGAGGCCCCUGCAGAAGAGCCCCCAGAAGUUCAGUCUCCACCAGCUGAGGAGGCCCCUGCAGAAGAAGCCACAGAAGAAGUUCAAUCUCCACCCACUGAGGAGGCUCCUGCAGAAGAGGCCCCUGCUGAACUUCAGCCUCCAUCAACUGAAGAAACUACUUCAGAAAUGGUCUCUGUUGAGAAACAGCCUUCACUCACUGAAGAGCCCUUUAUUACAGCAAUCUCCUUAGAGGAAACCUCUGCUGAAGUUCUGCUUCCACCAUUUGAGCAAACCCCUGCAGAUGAGGCUCUGGUAGAGAAUGUGUCUCCAGUAGAUCAGGCUCCAAAGGAAGCAGACGUCCUGGUGGCAAAAUUAGAAUCAGGGAAUUUGGAUGAUAAGCCAAAAUCUGAAGAGCCUUUAGAACGGGAUACUGUUCCUAAAGAUUCAUCUGGUACCAAGAAUGAAGGGGUUUCUUUUGAAAUAAAGGGUGUCAUCCAUAUAGAACUGGAAUAGGGGCGGCCUCCUCAGCUGUGGUCUGAUCUUAACUAAGCUAACAAUCAGAAACCAGGAGGUUCUGGGAAGUACGUACGUAAGAAAAUGGUAGGUAUAUUUGAAGGUAUUUGGAGAGAGCUUUGUGAAGAAGGAAGUGAAUGGAAAUCCUAAGACAUGGUUCCAAACAUAGUUUGGAAAAUGAGCAAUAAAAACUAGUGAUUUAAAAUUACUCUACUAUUUUUAUUCAAAUCUAAAGUGUAAUAAAAUAUCUAUUUUGAAAUGAAGUAAUUUUAUAAUUGAAAGA